GGGUUAUGGCACAACCUAGUGGCUAUUUGUGGUACUUUACAUUUCCUAAAUGUUCCUUCAGAAAACACCGAGCCAUCGACGCUUUGUCACCGAAGCAGCUGCCUGCCAGCACAGUGCUUGCUAGAUCCGCUUGAAUGUAGAAAGAUUGAAACGGAUCAUCCGCAUGGGCUAUUUGUCUCUCCAAAAACCCAGCGGCAAGAAAAGGAUCCAAGGAUGGUUUUAGUGCAUGUCGGAUAUCUGGUUCUUCCUGUAUUUGGCUCAGUAAGAAAUAGAGGAUCCCUCUUUAACCGGCAGCAGCAUAGCCAUGCUACCUCUUGCCGGCACUUCCAGCUAGGCCCCCAUGCCCCGCUGCCCAUUGACUUCCCCAUGCCCCACCCAGGUCAGCCCCAGUCGGGCAUAAACCCCCACCUGGCUCCCUCUGGCCACCAGCUCCACUCGCCCCUCAACCCCUUACCCACACCCCAGUUCCAGGACCUUGGUCCCCCUUUCCUACCUCAGGCCUUACACCAGCAAUACCUCCUCCAACAGCAGAUCCUAGAAGCCCAGAACCGCCGCAUCAUGCCACCUUCAAGACGCACCCCAGAGAGAAUGCCCCACCAGUCCCACAGACUGCGGCUGGGGUACGAGUUUGUUCCUGCCCUCCAUGUCCCCCCACAGCCUGUUGGCCAGCAGCCUCGCUACCUGGCCGAAGGCACAGACUGGGACCUGAGUGUGGACGCGGGGCUGCCCCCCCACCAGUACCACAUCCGCCCACUGCCCCAGCACUUUCAACACUACCUGACCUCUCCCCGGAUGCAUCACUUCCCCAGGAACAGCACCUCCACCCAAGUGGUUGUCCAUGAGAUCAGAAACUACCCAUAUCCUCAGUUACACCUGCUGGCCCUGCAGGGCCUCAACCCCUCCCGCCAUGCAUCCGCUGUGAGAGAGAGCUACGAGGAGCUACUGCAGCUGGAGGACAGGUUGGGCAGUGUGAACCGAGGGGCCAUCCAGACCACUAUUGAAAGGUUCACCUUCCCUCACAAAUACAAGAAGAGAAUACCCCAGGACCUGAAGCUAGGGCUGGAGGACGACGAACUGGAUACAGAUGAGAAGUGUACUAUCUGUCUAUCAAUGCUGGAGGAUGGAGAGGAUGUCAGGAGAUUACCCUGCAUGCACCUCUUCCACCAGGCGUGUGUUGACCAAUGGCUGGCCACCAGUAGGAAAUGCCCCAUAUGCCGGGUGGACAUUGAGACCCAGUUGACACCAGACAGCUGAUACCUCUUCUCCCUGCCCCUUCCUGUAAUACCCCAUAGCAUCCCUAGGAGGAGCGCUGCCAAACGUCCCCCUUCCCACCCGCAUCACUUAUGAGCCUGCCUUCUGAGCCAGUCGAAGAAGACAAUGAAGGGGACGAGGGAGCGGGGGAGGGAGGGAUUAAGAAACCACACUGAUCAUACAAUAGAGAAACAAAACAGGCUGAUGGAUGGAGAGAGGCAGAAGGGUGGCAGAAUAUAUAGACAGGUGCUGGGGCUUGAUGAGUCUCCAUCGGGUUGUGCACAGUAGCAUUCGCUUCUCCAUAAACCUACUCAAAGAUGAUUCUCUAUCAAACCCCCUAGCAUGUGUGUGUAUUGUGUUGCUGAGGGUUUAUAUAUAUAGGUCUAUGUUCGACCGCUGAUGUGUGUUGGUCUUCCUCCGUGUGAUGAAACCCAAACGCUGAGCUUUAACUACAGCACAUCUGUGCAAAAUAUGAAGAGAUAUGAAAUCAGUAAGGGAAUGUUUCUUGAAAUGAGCUUCUAUGGCCUAAUGCUUAUGGUGUAAUGGAGUGUAGUAGUCUUGUAAUUGAUCGCCAGUAUUUACAACAGAGUGACCGUGUUGUGUAGCAAGCAAAAAUCCCACUUUGAGAAAUAAGAUGGGGUGGGGGUAGAGGGAAAAUACUCCUAUUUAACAAAGGGGAAUAGGCUUACAGGCAAUGAGGAAGUGCUAGCUAUGUACAAAGGCCAAACAUUCUGUGGGUUUCCAGUACAGUAGAUCUCUGCCAUCACAGUGGAUGCUAGAGAUGCUAUCCAGGCAUGGCUUCAGUGGUCUGUAUUGUGCUGUAGUGGGGUCUCUAUAGUCUAGAACAGAGGCCCCAGAUAUGCAUGCUCUAUGGCAGGCUUGGGCUGUCUUGUGAUUGUGGAGCAGUAGAAAGUCUGCAGUCUCUCUGCAUGUGAACCAUAAACAGUAUGACUCUCUUACUCAUCCAUGGAGCAGGAUGAAGUUUCCCCUAGACGCUGAUAUUUGGUCACUGCUGCGUCUCCCUUCCUAAUGAUUAAGAUUAGGAUUGGGGGAGGGGUAAACUGAUUUCAAGAACUGCUCUUAUGGGCAAUUUCUACUCACAGCCUCAUCCAUAGCACGAUCUUAAAGGCUGGGGAUGCAGUGUCUGUGUCUUGUCUUUAGAGUGAAUACAAUGUAAUCCUUUUCUAACAUAUACCAGUACCUUAUUGCCUACAGAACAAGCACAUGUGAGUUAUACAGUGCAUAGCAAACAACCUCUGUUUCGGUUCCCUUAAUUUCAAUCUCAGUUGCUCCCGUUGUUCAAUACAGGAAUACAGCUGGUGUUCCUGGGAUAUAUCCAACUAGUAGGCCUUUGUUCUGUGUCCUAGAAUGUGUAAGAUGGUCCCCCAUGAUGGUAGUUGUGUAUGGUAUUGCUAGAACCACUGUAAACUGUUCAGUGAUGGAAGCUGUUUUCUCUAUAUCGUGCAUGAAUCAUGUUGGUGUAGUUCACUUGAACGAGGGUUAAAGGGAGAAAAAGCCAUUCGUUUGAAAAUACCAAACAAUUAUUCUUACUAUUUACAUUUCUUUGAUUUGUUUUAAUUUUUUUUCUUCAUUUUGGUUUUCUUACUAUCAAUUUGUUUUGAGCGCUCAUGCCAAUUUGGACAUUGGACCAAGUAAAGCCAAGUCCUUGUCCAUUUUUUUUAAACAAUUUUGAAGACAUGGCUCCAAUGCUGCAAAAAAAAAAACAUAUUUAUUAAUGUAGCUUGUGUUUUGUAAAUGCACUAAAAUAUGGGGUUGCCUGAAGUAGAUUUGGUGGUGUGGGGUCUCCUUGUUCUAGCUUAUGCGUCUGUGUUCGUUACACAUGUCUUCAUGCUUCCUUGUGUACUUUUGGAGGUUGACUUGACUGUGUUGCGUUUUUUAUUUUCCUUUGUCCAAACCCUCCAUCCAAAAAUACUAGACAGACAAACAAGGAGGGUUGCUACUUCACAUAGGAUGCUGUGAGUUGAAAUGCCUUAAGUAUUUAACAAUCAUAAUUUAUUACUAACCGUAGCUAUUGUGGUGGCAUAUUUCAUGUAUUUUCUCUCUUGAUUUUGCAAUUGAAUCAAUCUAUUUAUUUAGAAAUAACACAAUGUAAAAAAAAUAAUAAUAAUAAUACCUCAUUAUGCAUUGGUUGGUGGGGAUGCUUUGCAUGCAAGUUGCGUUUUUCAUAAGGAGAACAUGUAAUUUGGAAGGGUGUAAUGUGAGCUGUCUCUAGCCAACGUGGUGCUGUUGAUCUUGAUUUACAUUCCAUUCAAUGUCAUAUCGAAGAUCCCCCCCCCUCCCCUGCUUUGAUCGAGUGGACAGACUGUGACUAGCUGCAAAUGUUUUAGCAUGUAAACCUCCUAGCAUGGCUAUACCCCUUGCUGGCAUAGAGGAAAUAUGAUACUCUUUUAUUUUUCAUAUUUAUCCCUGAUCAUUACCAGUUUCUCAGUUUGUUUUCAUUUGUUUCGAUUUACCUCGAUUGUAUAUUUCACCAUAUGUGAAUGUUGGGUGUCUCCAUUCAGACCAUACCUUUCUCUGGCCCAGCUAUAUUAACUCCUCCCAUAUGAAUGAAUAACUCCAUUAUUAGGUACUUUGUAUUGCUGGCAAAUGCUGUGUUUGUGUAGUUAGGUGCGAGAGGUGGCUAACAUGAUAAACUUGAGCUAUUGGGUCUUAUUUUUUUCUGGUUUGAUACUCUAGUGUGGUUUUACACCUGGGUAUAAUAAGCUAACCACCCGUUUUCUGUGUGCAUUUUCUUAAUAAUAACAAUUUAUUAAUCCGACAUAUAUCCGAUUGGAAUGAAGCUGACUGGUCUUAUUUUUUAUUUUUCCUGCUGUCACUGGCCUUACCCCAUAUCUAGGGCCACGAGUUUUUCCUGGUCAGGAAAAACUCCUGACUUGCCCUCUGUCCUCUACAGACGGUAUACUGCGUUAGCGGACAGUAGCCAUAGUAUUUUAACUCGAGCUGGUGAAGGGGAAUGAACAGUAGAAUCCUAAAGCACAAGCUUUCUAAUGCAUGUCCUCCUCAGGUUUUCAUAUGUGUACAUGGGCGUAGCUGUAGACGUGUUUAAUAUAAGGCUGUACCUUCUUGAAUAUUACAGAUGUUUUCUUUGCUGCUGACAAACUGUUGAUGAAACUAACCUGCCAGUGAUUUAAAGGGAAGUGGCCAUCUUUGUACAACACACUGCUGUUUUGCUGUAACUGCGCAAUGUGUUAUGAGCUGGGGUAUUUUAUAGACGAAGUAUGUAUCAAUAAUAUGAAAAGCAAUAGCUAAAUGAUAAUGAAGAAUAACAUGGAUCAGUGAAUAUUGUGGAAAAUCUUUAGAUUUACUUUUGGUGGAUUUUGUACUGUAUUUAUUACUAAUGAUGAUGCAAAAAGUUGCAUAGCUUAACCCAAACUGUUCUGUCUCCUUUUUUUAUUUAUUGUCUUGUAUAUGAUCUUUUUGUAUGUGUUUUUCAAAUAAACUGCCCAAAAUGCUGAAAGUA